AUGGGAGAAAUCAGAGGCCCAGGCAUACUUUAUGUCGAGGCGCGGAUCUCUCGCCCAGAUAUUAUGGACGAGGCCACGUACAUGAACUGGUACGACAACGACCACAUUACCGAGAUCAUCGAGACCAGCGGCGUCGAUUCGGCUUUUCGCUACAAGCGUGAGGGCGCCGAAUGGCCGUACCUUGCUAUGUACGAAAUGCGCGACAUUGCGUUCACGCAAGGCGAGGAGUUCCGCAAGAUCCGCGUGUACAGCGAUCUUCUGCCUGGCACGAAACUCUGUUACGAUUUGGCCGACAACAACGUUCGGUACUACCGCCUCGAACAGGUCUACGAUCCUACAAACAAGGGCCCUGGACACACAAGGACUCUGAUAUCUGCUCAAUACGAGCUGAAGAAUGGCUACUCGGCAGGCGACUUUGACGCUUGGUAUCGGAAGGAGCAUCUGAACCAACUGUCCACGGCAUCCGGUUAUCUGCGCACAACCCGCUUUAAGCUUGUGUUUUCCCGCUCGAACGCCCAGUCUCGUGCUCUCAAGGGUUUGCCUGUGACGUCUAACGAGCCCCAACCAAACCCGCCCACAUUUCUGGCCCUACACGAAUUUGAAAGUGAGCAAAUCGACUUGGAUGCUCUCAGGGCACUGACAGAUACGGAGUGGACGAGGAAGGUCCACGACAACACCGAGACGGUUUUGCACCCUGUUUACAAGAUUGUGAAGACACAUGGAAAAGGUGAAUGGUUCCACAGGGUCCCGUAG